AUUAUUUUCUCUCUCUCCUUUUCUCUGAACAAAACCUUUUCGCCUAUUUGGGCCUCCUAUCCGACCGCCGCUCCUCGUCAUCGUCUUCCUCUUGCUCGGCGUGGCCUGUGGAAACCGUUCGUCCAGGUUUGAUCGGCGGUGCGUCGGGACCCUACAGCAGAGACCUACUCCUUCUCGUUCUCUCUAUCUCUGUCCCUCUCUUUACUGUUACUUCCACCUGUUCGUAUCCGCCCUCAUCGACGCGCUGCGCCGCGGCACGCGACGUUCUCCUGCUUUCGCCCUCGGGGUUUUGUAAAAUACAACUUCGCCUUCAUCCGGUUCGUCAUCAGCGCUUCCUAGGAACCGAGCAGCACUGCCCCACCACUGGCAACAGUUGAAGCUGCCAUAUUGAAGACGGGAACCUCCGGGAGGACAAUCCACCGUAUCUCGACCCCGAGGCCCGUGUAUUUGGUCCUGGAUCCAAGCACGUAACAGGCUACACAUCCCCUUGUGCCUCUGGUAGAGCCCAAGGUAUGAGCAAUGGCUUCUCAUUGGCAGGCUAUCCCUCUGGUUUCUUCACCAUCAUAUCCAAACUCCAUUGCUUGGUCAAGCGAGAACUUGGUGGCUAUUGCUUGUGGUCACAUUAUUACGAUAUUGAAUCCUGCUUUGCUUGUUGGCCCAAGAGGAAUGAUCACUCUCCAACCCAGCAUUCCGUUUAAUAUCGGGAUUGUUAAAAGAGAAGAAUGCUGUGAAUUGUAUGUCUCUAUUGCAGCCAAUCAUCAGACAGGAUACUUGAGUUGUGACCUUUUGACUCCCUGUUUGUUCACCACUUGCAUAUCACGGGAUACCCGUCCAUGUGCUCGGUCCAUCUCAUGGUCUCAACCUGGGUUUGCUUCUAAUUCAGGAUGUUUGUUAGCUGUCUGCACUACUGAUGGUCGUGUAAAGCUGUAUCGACCACCAUCCUGUGAAUUUAAAGCUGAGUGGGUGGAGGUUGUUGAUAUAUCCAACUUGCUAUGUGAUUACCUUACAAGGACAAAUUUUGGUGAACCAAAUUUGCCUACAACAUCAUUUUCUGAAUUUCCUCUUGCAGUUAUACUUCCUCAGAAAGAAACAAUUAAGGGCACCAAAUUGGGGAAAAGGCGUAUCAAGUCCCAAGGUUCCAGCAAAGAUCCUGUAUGCAAAAGAAGUGAGAGCAUUAAAAAAGAAAUAUCACAAAGAAAGGUACUCACCCAUGGUACAAAUGCAGAGAGCUCACAAAAACAUGAAUUGCUCAGAUGGGAAGAUACAACAGCUGCAAAUGAAGCUAUUCCUAAUACUAACAAUCUUGUUAAUGCUCAUUCCAACAUUAAUCAAGUUUCUUCAAAUGAGGUUGUUGGUGUCGACUCCAAGAGUGCUAUGGUGGUGAGUGCUCAAGUUUCUCCAAUAUCAGAAAGUCUGCUUGCAUCAGACAUGGAAAUUGGCCUGCCCCUGAUUAGCCCAGAGCAAUAUGCUUCUCGUAGUGCAUUGAUGUCAUCCCUUAUUGUAUCUUGGUCCCCAGUAUUGCAGUCAUCUCAAGUCCAGCCCGGGUCUUGCAACAGAUGCGUGAUACUUGCUGUAGGUGGAAAGUCUGGUAAUAUCUCUUUUUGGAGAAUUGGUCAACCAGAAUGCUACACCAUUGAGCAUGACAGAGUAUUUGUUGAUCCAAUGCUUAUUGGACUUUUUCCGGCGCAUAACUCCUGGAUCACCACAAUAACUUGGGGAUUGUUUGCAUCAUGUUCCUCAAUUUCCCAGUUAAUAUUGGUCACUGGGGGUUCUGAUGGCAGUGUAAAGAUAUGGUCAGCACAUAUUGAAGACCUGGUCAGUUCCUCGGAGGUCAAUACUUCUCCAUUUUCCUUAAUAAACGAGUUGACAGUAUCUCUGCCUGUCCCAAUUUCCCUAAUUUCUUUGGCUGUGCCAAAACAAUCUCAAGGAACAAUUGUUUUAGCAAUUGGGAAAGGUUCUGGAACGCUUGAAGUAUGGAUAUGCCAUGACUUAUGCAGAAAACUAAAAAGUGUUGGUUCUUAUAAUGCUCAUGACCAAGUGGUGACAGGUCUAGCUUGGGCAUAUGAUGGUUGUUGUUUAUACAGUUGCAGCCAGGAUAAUUCUAUCCAAAGCUGGGUCUUACAUGGAGACGCUCUUUAUAAAGUUGACUUCCCCUCUAAAUUUCCUGGGUUCAAAAACUCGAUCAAUCUAUUACAAGUAUCUGAUCUGUGCUUUGGUCUUGCACUGUCUCCUGGAGGACUAAUGAUUGCUGCGGUUCGAAGUUUUGACUCCCUUCUUCUGAACCAAAUGUAUCAGGCAAGGACUCAGAAGGCAGUUGUUGAGUUUUUCUGGAUUGGUGGACAGUCUUAUGAAAUUUCACCUGACAAAACUCUCGAAUCCUCUGAUGUAUUGUCCGAGCGAGAUCUAUUGAGAUGGGGAUCAAAUAUCUUACACUGUUUCCUGACUUUUGAAGAUGCACAUGAGCCACUUGUUAUCUGGGACAUCAUUUCGGCAUUAUUAGAAUUUGAUAAAUAUAAUCCACAAUUCGUCGAUAAUUUACUCUUGAAAUGGAUCACUAGCUUGUUUUCAGGAUGUCCAUCUGGUGCUUCCAUUGACAAGGUCUUGUUUCACUUUCAAAGUAAUCUGUCUGAUAUUAGUUCUCGCAGAAUUUGCCUUCUGAACAUCAUCUGUAGAAGACUAAUGCUAACCAAGGGCAAUGGAUCCAAAAACAAUGAGAAAUUUCAUAUAUGGAAUAAGUUGCUCAUUAACAAUGAAUCAGAACUCCAGCAAAGGCUUGUGGCUUUCACUUUGGGGGCUGUUCGAAGUCAUGCUACUUGUUUGUCUGAUGUAUUUUCAGCUAAAACUUGGUUCCCACAAGGUGUAGCACAAAUGAUGUGCUGGGUUCUUUUAAAUGCUGAACUGGUACAUAAUCAGCUAAAUGUUCUUGGAUCUGAACUUAAAGCAGUUGGAAGCAGGAUCAAUUCCUUCUGUGACUACACAGAAGAGACGUGCUCUUUCUGCUCCAGCCGGGUACCCUUCGAAUCACUCGACAUUGCUUGGUGCGAGGGUGACAGCAUCUCAAACGAAAAACACAAAUUACUAAGGUGCAUGGUUUCACUGAAGCUGUGUUCUAUUGAUGUUCCAAUGUGGUUUUGCAUGUGUUGCCGACGGUGGGCAGCUAACUUAUUGCCAGAUACCUUCUUCACCUUCAUGAUACCCAAGUCUGGUGUGGAAUACAAAGAACCAUUGGUGAUGAAUCCUCUACGACCAUUGUGUCCAUUUUGUGGAAUAUUACUGCAGAGAUCAAUGCCGGAGUUCUUGCCAUCAUCAUCCCCAGUUUAAAUUAAAAUUUAUUUAUUUUAUUUGUUUCACCACUUUGGAAGUGCGAGCUACUGUUCUUUCUCAUCACAUGUAAUUAAUUUGUGUAAUUUGGUCGUUUUGUAUGGAUCAACAAUUAGCAUAAUUUUAGUCUGCUGAUUGUGGCAUCCAAAUAGUGUCAAUUAAACUCAUUUCCUAGUAAUUUUAGUCUUUCGAAUGGUUGUCAACUCCAUCAAAGUCAAAAA